CUUCACAUCAAUUAUGUCAUCUCAGUUUUGAAAGUUAUUGUUUCCAACCCGCAAAAACGUAUCUAAGACAAAGACAAGAAAUGUGUUCCUUGAAGUUAUCAAUGCGAUGGAAACAAAUUAUAUGUGAAAUUUUUAUAAAUUUUUAUUGAAAGUGGUGACCGAUGAUGGCUUAUUAUAAGCAAGUAUCACUGGUGCUGCUGUCUAUCCUGCACAUGGCUGGAGUCGUGGUUGGCAACAACGAGCAACCAGCAAACCUAACGUAUACAAUAACAACAAAAAGAUGUGUCACAGAGGUCAAACUCAAAUGGACUGAACCAAGCACAAACCUCAGGAUUCAAAAUUACAUCAUUGCGUAUCAUGCCACACAGCCAUACAAUGGAAGCAUUGACACAUUAACAUCACGCAACAACAAAACAGUGCAUCUUAUAUCAGUUUCAGCAACAAUUAAAAGCAUCAUUGUUCAAGUAUCAAGUAAUUUUUCUAAUGAAAACGAUACAUAUCGAAUCGGGCAAGUGAGUAAAGAUUUAGCAGUCGACACAACAAAUACAGUCUGCAACUCAACAACAAUUGAAAGUCAGGCAACAAAAACUGGCGUUAUAUAUGUUUUAAAGCUAGCUGGUAUAAUAUUCGGUGGUGCGGUUGGGAUCUUGCUUUUCGUUUUCGUCAUAUUUCGACUCUGUGUCUGGAGACUGGAAAAAAGGUACGACCAAAGGGACUUGCAUUGGAAUGCCGGGAAAGACAACCCGUUAAGAGAACUAGAUCACCAAUUGCCGAUCAGUGCAGAAAACCUAUACGAUCAUGUUUCAUUAAUGAAAUUUCACGACAACAAAGGCUUCAAGAAAGAGUUCUCAAAGCUCGUAGAUACUAGUGUGCAGGGAUGCUCAUUUGGAAAUCGCCCAUAUAAUGCAACCAAGAACAGAUAUGCGAAUGUGCUAACAUUUGACAAAUCAAGAGUUGCCCUUGAGGCUAAAAGUCACGACGUUUCAUCUUCAUAUAUAAACGCUAAUUAUGUAGAUGGCUUCAACAGGCCUAAGGCUUACAUAGCAACUCAGGCCCCAUUACCGGACACGAUUGCCGACUUUUGGAGAAUGAUAUGGGAGCAAGAGAGCAACAUCAUUGUAACGAUCGUCAAUUUGAAAGAGAAAGAUGGUACUACUUGUGCAAAAUAUUGGCCAGAUGCAUCCACAGUAUCAUAUGGCAAAAUAACAAUUAAGCAUUUAGAGACAAUCGGCUAUGCAGAUUAUGUGAUACGAGUUAUGGAAAUACAGCAUGUAGGGAGUACCGAACUCAGGAUUGUGAGACAAUUCAGCUUUACUUCAUGGCCUACACAGAGAACUGUCCCUCUUCAUCCAACCUCGUUUUUGGAGUUUGUUAAAAAAGUAGCCUCGUUCAAAGCCAACAAUAACCAGCCAGUUGUUGUACACUGCUCUUCCGGAAAUGGCAGAACAGGAGUGUACAUAAUGGUUGAUAUACAGCUAAACAGACUGAUGAGUGAAAGCAGAAAUAUUAAUGUUUUCUACGAUCUUGACUGUAGCAGACAACAAAGAUUUCAACUUAUUCGUCACUUAGAAGAGUACAUUUUCGUUCAUGACUGCAUACUUGAUCAUGUCAUCUAUGAAAAGAGAUUGGAAAUUAAUGGAAGAAAUUUGACCGACUACAUUGCAAAAAGGAAAGACCGGGGCCCAAAAGAUGAGCUUGGAUUUUCUGCGGAAUUUGAGACAAUAAUGAAAGAUAUAACAGCAAUGAAGAUUCGAGCAGAUGUUGCUAAGCUUCCAAAAAAUUCAUUGAAAAACCGUUUUCUGAACAUAUUGCCCUUUGAUCAUACGAGAGUCAAGCUGAAGGAUAAAUCUAUUGCAGAAGGGUCUGACUAUAUCAAUGCAAAUUACGUUGAUGGUUUAACAAGAAAAAGACAGUUCAUAAUAACCCAGAGUCCAAUGGAGGAAACAUUGUAUGAGUUUUGCUGUAUGCUGUGGGAAACUGGAUGUUUAACUGUUGUCAUGCUAUCCUUUGGAGACAAGGAAACAGUUGUUUACUGGCCGGAGAAAGAUGAAGUUGUGAAAGCUGGUAAGCUAAAAGUUCGACUGAUAUCACGGGAGAAGCAAGGAUUUUUUGAAAUAAGAAACCUCGAAAUUGUACACAGUGAGCACACGGAUACACGAUUAGUAAGGCAAUAUCAUUACGAAACCUGGCCUGAAAACUCAAACGAUGCAUCUUUGUUUGAUUUCGUCAAUUUUGCUGUGCAAUGUGUGCAGUGGAACACAACAGCAAAAAGUAGAACUAUUGUGGUACAUUGCAGGGCUGGAACAGGCAAAUCUGGUGUUUUCGUUGCUCUCUGUCAAUUGAUGGAAAAACUGAACUGCGAAGGAGCUGUAAACAUCGUACAAACCGUGAGGCGGUUGAGGCAAUGUAGGAUGGCAGCAAUACAAACAUUGAGCCAAUAUGAGCUUUUAUACCAUGCCAUUGCAAUUUACUACAAAACACAUUAUCUCACAAGAAAUGAGAGGGACGCAGAAAUAGAUCUUGAGGACGAACAGUCAGCUUCAACCAGUUCAUACAUGAUUUCAAGUGCUGCCUUUGAGAGCGACGAAAUGUUUGAUGACUAGGCCAGUUCCUACAGACCCCCGACUCAAAUAUCUACGCAAAAAUGCUGAUUGGUUUCCCAUGAGAGCUUGAACAUCCUACGUGCAAUUAGGAGCGCCUCUUCUCUUUAUUAAAGAAAGAGCAUCGAGCGUAAAGACAUGCUUUUUAAAUCCACUGAAGAAUAAAAAUCGUUUUCAUUAGAGAAAGGAGGAGGUGGGGUUUCGAUACACUUCUUCCUUGAAGAGUUCAUAUCCAUUACGUGACAAAAUUUUUCAAUUUUGCCAACAUUAAAACCGAUACAUAUUACUCUCCCGAGACAAAGACACACGACUUGCUUAAAGAUAAAAAGCUUUGAUUGAAUUAGUGAACUUAUAUUUAAAGCAUAUUAUCAAAAUCUUAUAUACUGUAUUUAAAUUGCGAAUGGAAAAAGCCUAUAGCGUUUACUUAAAGCUCUCUCAUGUUUACUUGAAUCGAUUCAGUUCUCUACCUGAUUUUACGCAGUGACACCGUAGCACGGAGGCGCAGAAGGGCGGCCUAGCAAAAUUACUUCUCUCAGUGGAAAUAUUCAAUUUUCCAGUUGUUUUGAAGGUCGACCCGUGUUUCAAAACCCCCUCCGUUUAUUCCCAACCUUAGAGUAUCGUGCUGUUUAUUAUGUUGUGAUUUUGAGAUAAUAGCAUACUAAAGCAAGAUCGUAAUCAAAAAUUGAAAACCAGCUUCUA